GCUAGCCAUCAUCUGUGGAGGGUGUGCGUCACACCUUCAAGCAAACCGAAACUUUCUUACGUCAAAUCAAUGGAUAUAACCUAACAAAUCGCGAGUUACAUUAUAAAAUGUGAUUUCCUCCACAAUUCCAUAUGGGUUAAGUGUUUAUGUGACGUGAUAUUUGCCAAUAAUGUGAAUUAGUUCAGUGUAGUGGUUAUUAAAAACCAAGUUAUGAGCAUUCAAAAGUGUCUUUUGGAUAACUCCAGUAGGAUGAUCAAGGCAAUGUCAAAUGCGAAGUCGUCUAACAAUGAAGUCAAAACGGGCGUGCAAAGUGGUCUCAGGAAAAUUGGUCUGGCGAUGCUGACGCUGUCAAUGCCGAUGAUUGAUGAUAAAAAGAAAAAAACCACACGUAGCUGGAUUGAAAGCACUUUCCAUAAACGCGAGUGUAAAUGCUUCGUUGCCAGCGCCAAGGACGAGCAUGUAUGUUGGUGUGGCCUAAGCAAGACCGCGCACGGUGCCAACAUCGCCAUUGGCCCUGUUGGUGAAGCAUGGGUGCCCAUAAAGCAUACUCAGCCAUCACCAACAGAUGCCUAUGGCACGGUGGAGUUCCAGGGAGGACCACACCCUACGAAAGCACAGUAUGUCCGUCUAUCACACGAUACACGACCGGAGCUAAUAGUCCAACUGCUCACACGAGAAUGGGCGUUGGAAAGGCCAAAACUGCUCAUCACCAUCCAGGGUGGGAAGGCCAAUUUCGACCUUCAACCCAAGCUGAAGAAAGUCUUGAGGAAAGGUCUUCUGAAAGCUGCGAAGACCACAGGUGCAUGGAUAUUUACUGGAGGCACCAACACAGGUGUGACCCGGCAAGUCGGUGAUGCUCUGCAGUUAGAGAGGUCACAGCGUGCUGGUCGCGUGGUCAGCAUUGGUAUAGCGCCCUGGGGCAUCGUUGAGGGCGCAAAUGAACUCAUUGGCAGAGGAAGAGAUGUCCCCUACCACGCUAUGGCAUCUCCUAGAUCGAAACUGGCGGUGCUGAACAAUCGCCAUGCCUACUUUCUACUUGUGGACAAUGGUUCAGUUGGGAGAUAUGGAGCUGAAAUCGUAUUAAGAAGAAAAUUAGAAAAGUACAUAGCUGCACAAAAACUUCAUCCGUAUACCCAUUCAUCGACUCCAGUCGUGUGCUUAGUAAUAGAAGGAGGAACAAACACAGUACGAGCUGUGCUGGAAUACGUCACUGACACGCCACCAGUUCCUGUUGUGGUGUGCGAUGGAAGUGGACGAGCUGCAGACCUUAUAGCAUUCGUGCACAAAUACGCAUCAGAAACGGGGGAACAGACAGUCCUGGAGUCGAUGCGUGAUUACCUGAUAAGCACCAUACAGAAGACGUUCGAAGUGGGGUUGCAGCAAGCUGAGUGCUUGUACAGCGAACUACUACAGUGUACGAGAAAGAAGAAUCUGAUCACGGUCUUCCGUAUCCAAGAACGCGCAGAAGGUGGCGAAGUUCAGGAGCUAGAUCAGGUGAUAUUGACGGCUUUGUUCAGAGCCCAACACCUGUCACCAAGUGAGCAGCUGUCUCUUGCUCUUACUUGGAAUCGAGUGGACAUUGCAAGGUCUGAGAUCUUCGUGUACGGACAGGAAUGGCCCCGAGGUGCACUCGAUGAAGCCAUGAUGCAGGCUCUUGAACACGAUAGGUUAGAUUUCGUGAAGUUGCUUCUGGAGAAUGGAGUGUCGAUGAGGAAAUUCCUGACCAUUCCACGUUUAGAAGAGCUUUAUAACACUAAAAGUGGGCCGAGUAAUACUCUGCAGUAUAUUCUGAGGGAUGUGAGGCCCCAUUUGCCCAGAGGAUAUGUGUAUACUCUUCAUGAUAUUGGGCUGGUCAUCAACAAACUCAUGGGAGGAGCUUACAGGUGCUACUACACACGGCGCAAGUUUCGUCCCAUUUACGCGAAGGUGAUGAACAAGAGUGUGAAUGUUCACCGGAAUAGUGCUUCCUUCACCCGUCACAAUGCUGGUGGGCUUUCGCUCAUCACCGGCUUCAUGCCUGUCACCACAGAGAUGGCGCUAUUCGAUUAUCCAUUUAAUGAACUUUUGAUGUGGGCAGUAUUGACAAAGCGGCACCAGAUGGCGUUGCUAAUGUGGACGCACGGGGAGGAAGCUCUUGCCAAGUCUCUGGUAGCAUGUAAGCUUUACAAGGCCAUGGCUCAUGAGGCUGCUGAAGACGAUAUGGAGACGGAAGUGUAUGAGGAGCUACGCCAUUAUGGCAAGGAGUUUGAGACCAAAGCACUGGAAUUGUUAGAUUACUGUUAUCGUCAAGACGAUGACCAAGCCCAGCAACUCCUUACAUGUGAACUCCAGAAUUGGUCAGGCCAGACCUGUUUAAGUCUAGCUGUAGCCGCUAAUCACAGAGCUCUCCUGGCUCAUCCCUGUUCCCAAAUAAUUCUAGCUGAUCUAUGGAUGGGGGGCCUUCGUACCCGCAAGAACACCAACUUAAAGGUAAUACUGAGCCUGCUGUGUCCACUCUACAUACUCCAACUGGAGUUCAAGUCGAAGGAGGAGCUGCAGCUGAUGCCGCAGACUGAGGAGGAGCAUUUGGAAAACGAGAGUCUAGAGGAUGAUAGGAGCACAAGGGACCCGAAUGACGCUGAGCAGGCGUUGAUUGGCUCAGGGGCCGAAUGCGAGACCCGUGUAGAUCAGAAUGGGAAAGUUGGUAAAAUAGGCUGGGAACUGUCAUACAGAGAGCUUCCUGAAUAUCACGCGCCUGAAGACAAAAGAAUGAGACCUCUGCGACUUAGGAAGAAAAUCUAUGAGUUUUUUACGGCGCCGAUUACAAAGUUCUGGGCGGAUUCGAUCGCAUACAUAUUGUUCCUACUGAUGUUUACAUAUACAGUAUUAGUCAAGAUGAGUCACACGCCAUCUUGGCCUGAAAUUUAUUCUAUUUGUUAUAUUAUAACGUUCUUAUGUGAGAAAAUUAGGGAAAUUAUUACGUCCGAACCUGUUGCUAUUAGACAUAAGUUCAGUGUAUGGGCUUGGAACAUGUGGAAUACAUAUGACGCUGGUUUUAUAAUAUUCUUCCUCGUGGGCCUCACUCUGCGCCUACGACCCAGCUCUAUGGACGUUGGCCGAGUCAUAUAUUGUGUAGAUAUUAUUUAUUGGUAUUUAAGGAUAUUGAAUAUUUUGGGUGUUAAUAAGUAUUUAGGUCCUCUAGUCACAAUGAUGGGAAAAAUGGUUAAGAAUAUGAUAUACUUCGUGGUGCUAUUACUAGUCGUAUUGAUGUCAUUUGGAGUGGCAAGACAAGCUAUUUUAUAUCCAGAUAAAGAAGCCAGUUGGUAUUUAAUCAGAGAAAUAUUCUUCCAACCCUACUUCAUGUUGUAUGGCGAGGUAUUCGCUCCCGACAUUGAUCCUCCUUGCGGUAUGGAUGUCGGUGACAGCAAGUGUGUCACUGGCCGGUGGAUCACUCCAAUUGCGAUGACCAUCUACCUUCUCGUCGCAAACAUCUUACUCAUAAACCUCCUUAUAGCAGUGUUCAAUAAUAUAUUUAAUGAAGUCAAUGAAGUCUCGCACCAGGUGUGGAUGUUCCAAAGAUUCACAGUGGUAAUGGAGUACGAGCAGAAGCCGGUACUACCACCUCCACUGAUAACGUUCUGCCAUAUUUACGCGACUUGCAAGUGGGUCACAAGGAAUGUGUCACACAAGAGGUUUCAGUAUGACAACGGACUGAAGCUGUUCCUGGAAAAAGAGGACAUGGAGAGGCUAUAUGACUUUGAGGAGGAGUGUGUUGAAGGCUAUUUUAGGGAACAAGAAAUAAAAUUAUCCAACUCUUUAGAAGAGAGAGUUAGAAAUACUACGGACAGAGUAGAGCAUAUCACGACCAAAAUGGAAGACUUAAAUCAAAAAGCUAAUUGCCAAAUACAAUCAGUCCAGAGCGUAGAGUUUAGGUUAAGGAAGCUAGAAGACGUGGCGGAACAGACAAUGAAUCACUUAGCGGUGAUACAUCGUUUCAUGGCGACACAUCCCUCCCUCGUCAAUCGCGGCUCCACUGACACCCUGGGACCGCCCCCGCCCACCUUCCAAGCCUGCGGAGCUAGGCUGAGAACCGCCAGCGACCGGUCUGAGGUGCUGUCUGACAGUGACACGGGCGCAGCGCGCUUCAUCGUCCGUCCCGUACAGGAGGAAGACGAGGUCUCGCAGCCCUCCGACGAUGAACUUCCGCAAUCCGGGCCGGAAGUUGUCGCUGAGAAGGAACCGGAACCGGAUUCUAUAUCCACCUCUUCCGGCGCAAGCGUUGCGGGGCCUGACGUGACAGUUGUCAAACCAACGGUCAUUACUCCAGCACGUCAACGGUCAUCUGACAGCAACAGAACAGAACCCAGUGAUGAUAAGAAAGUGCCAUCAUCAAAUGAUGACGCCUUCUUACCGGAAGUGCGUGAAAUUCCGCCGGAUAACAACACCCUUCGUCCGCGGACCACUUCCGCUGGUACACGCCGCACUGCAAACGCUCGACGACGAUCUGAGGGUGGAAAUGAUUGCGGAAUGGGAGGCCCCCAUUCCUCUCAUCAUCUGGCACCCAGAAGGCAACACAGCCAGACCCAUUCUGAGCCAGACAAUUCUGCAGUAGAUGCCGGAUCAGUACACAAUUCUUUAACAGGUCGUCAGUCAGGCUGGGAGGCAAAUGGGGCAACCGGGGCACCGUCAACUAGAUCCCGUGUGGGUGGAGCCCCACGCUCCCUUCUUCUUGCAAUGCACGAAUACACCAGCAUCACAGACGAAUUAGAAACCGUGUAUGGACUGUUCUCACCACCGCAUACACCAAGAACUCCAAUAGCAACGCGCCUGCUCUCGCCCGCCCGCCCCACGUCACCAUCAGUUCGCCGGCGACACGCCAGUGAGAUGUCCAAUCCAGAGUUCGCCCUCUUCAUGGAGAAGGAGCAUCUACGUGGUGCUGAGGAAGAUGACUACAACAUCAUGGAGAAUCUGAUACAGCGUCGCCUAGAAAUGGAGUCUGUCCUGGGCAGAUUCGAGGAAGAGGAGGCCGGUGGGGAGGCGGAGGUGAGCGGCAUCAGCAUCAGCGUCUGCGUCAACACCAGUGGGGAGGAAUCCCGACAACAGCCUCUCGCUAACACCACGCAUCUCACUGUCACUGAUAGGCGCUUGCCACACCAGAGGCACUCUCUUCGUAGAGCGUCGGCGAUUGAUACCCGUGACUUGCCUUCACCUCUGCAACCACUGCUGGGAGAAGAUGGGUGCGGAGAUGUUCUCUUACCCGUACCGAGGCAACCUUCAGGCGACACAAACGCGUCGAGCGAUUUAUCACUAUCGCACAUGGUCAGCGAAAACCUCCCUCCUCGACCAUCAAUUGUCCUCGAUUCGUCUCAACUUCCGAGACAACGUUCGGCCGAACAACCACAACCGCAGCCACCCGGCCCAUCACGACCAGAGACUAUGUGUUAGGAAUAACCGGUAAUUCUACGAUCAUUUUACCGGUAAAUGGAACCGAAAUACCGUUAUAGCUUGCUGAUGCGAGGCAUUUUUUACUUUUAAAUAGAAAUUUAUAUUCAAAAAAGUAUUAUAAUAUUGAAGAUGAAGAUUUUUUAAGAUGAACUAUAGGACAAAUUAGGAAUUUCGCAUAAUCAAUAUGUACUUUUGAAAAGCUGGUUCACUAUCACACAUUAUGAAUUUUUAAACAUUUUGUAUUUUAACCAUUCAUAAAAUAAUUAAAUCUUUGGAUCGGUAACAUGUGGGAAAUGUAGUUUGUCAUUUGUUUUUGAUGUUGACAAGUGCGCAUUGCGGCGCGAUAGAAACUAUUUUCAUCAGUUUCAUGGACUCAAUUUAAAAUCUUUACACUUUGCUGAUAUGUGUAUGCUGUUCACACAGCAAAAAACUACGUGAACAACAGUUCAGUAUACUCACUUCGAACACACCAUUUACCAAUUCAAUUUCCUCUCAUUUUCCAUUUAAAAAACCUGGCCGUACUGUGAAAUACCCGCACUAAUAUUGCUGUGAAGCAAUAAAUUUCACCGUUUUGCAGUGAGCACGAACAGUUUAUACCCUGAAAGAUGUACAUGCGACAUGAAAUACAGGAAAAUGUAUCUUAUGGACAUGUUUUAAGGCAUAUUUUAGUACGCAUUUAAGCGAUUUAAUAUUUGUAAUAGUGACAAGCGUUCGUUUCCCAUCUACGUGCUAGAUUAGUGAUAGGAAGGUUAAUGAUCUAUGAAGUUUAUCCUAAAGCUAUCAUGCAAGUCUUUUGAUUAAUACAUGUUUAUUAGGUCCCGAAACACAAAAAAUAUUCUUAUACGAGAAUAUGCAUAGAAACCCAAUAUUUAUUUAUUUAUUUUAUUACAUUAUCUUUACAGCCUAUGUCAAUACGACAAUGUGGAGAAACAUUUAAUUAAAUAUAAUAAUGUACAUAGAAAUUAGACACAUAAUUUACACAAUAUCGCUACUGUGAAUUCACUGUGCGAACAUACAAAUAUGUCGAUAGUAUCGAAGAUAGCAUUUAGUAAGCGCAACGUUCUGGAUAAAGGGAAUCUGUGCAACAGACUGGUUCUUGCCUUUGGUAUCGCAACAACCUAGGCCUUCGCCGUCGCACAUAUCCCAUAGGUACUAAGAAGCCCAGUUCCUGAAGUACACUCGGGUUACACACUAUCCCCCUCAAGACUUUCAGUACGUAGGCCAACUGUAAGUCCCGUCUGGUUUCCAAUUUGUUGUACCCCACCAUCCCUAAUACAAAUAAUGUUGGGUACAUUAAAUGAUAGUAAGGAUAGACGCCUUUUGAUUUACAUUCAAUUGUCCGGGUUUUGGUUUCAAAUUGAACUUCCCAGAGCUAUGGGCAUGAUCUAUAUUAAAACUUUUGUAGGAGGCAAGACUGUAAAUUUUGCUCACUCAGGCUUCCAGUAUAGCCAGAUAUUGGCUCCUUCGACUGUUACAUUACAUUCAUUCGUUAAAUUCGUGAAAUGUUAAUUGCUAUGUACAAUUAUUAUUUUUAUAUCCGAAUGAGUAAAACUAAAAUCCUCUAUUAUUAUUAAACUAGUUCCUCCAAAUCCCGCUAUUACUGUCUGCACUGUAACACUCUGUUUCCACCACCAACUGUUUCCUUCAUUUGGUAUAUCAUCUAUAUCGUCUUCCUCUUUUAAUUAAUAGUACCUUGGGCAUUAGUUUAGUACUUUUUAAUUAUCUAUAAAAUUGAUUAAUACAUAUCUCAACUCAUUUGUACACAAUGUAUUUGCAAAAUGCAUGUUUAGUUUGCAAAAGCAUAUUGAUUAACUGUCAACCCCGAACAUUGUUGUUAACAUUCAUUGAAUGAACAUUCAUUCAGAUUACCCGAACAUUAUAGUCCAUGAUGCUAAAUGGGGAUUUACUCGAGUGUCAUAGUAACCUAUAGAGAAACGAAGCUCAGAUUAUAAGAAAAGGUUAUAUUAUGUUUACCUUUCCAUAAGUGGCGGGAUCGGCUAUUCAUUUUCAGAAAUGUAAAAAAAACUUGCAUGGAUGUCCAUGAUCUGACGCGCCCUUGAUCCAUUUUCUACGUGUUUUUAAUUUUUAACAUUAUCAUGACGUUUCUAACACAAACGUUAAUUUAUUAUAACUAUAUUUUCUUAAUAUAGUAUAGUUUCUAUAUGAGAACUACUACUACUAGUUUGAAUAUGAGAACCAAGCGAACAUGCGCUUUCCGGCUUCCAUGAAUUAAACAAUUAACUUUAUUUGUUUUAAUGUUUCGUUUCUCGUUUUUAAUCUUUAACAAUUUUAAUCUGAUCAUUAUGAAAUGCUUUGACGAACAGUCUCAAAGAAUCGUACAAUAAUCUACAAGUCUCAGAGUUGUUUAAUCGCCAUUUUUUCUUAAAAAAUAUAUUCUUAAUGUAGAGUACCAUCUUUUCGUACCAGACACGCCAUCUGAUGCAUUUCAUUCUGAAAUUGUUAUAUUAUUAAUUCAAAUUUCACCAACGUCUAUCUAGAUUCAAGUGUUGACCUCCACUUUCAAUCUUUUUAAUUAAAAACAAACAUUGCAUGAAACGUUGCGAAGAAUACUUCGAUUUUUACAGACGGUAUUUCAGCUGACUUUAGAGAUUUAAAUUGGAAAAAUUUCGAUUGUAACGAAAAUUUAAUAUAACUAAAUAUUGUGUUUUUAAUUAAUAAAAUGUUAAAAUCUCUCUUAAAAUAAAUAUACCAGAGGCUAACUAAUAAAAUCUAUGUUGAAUUUAAAAUUAUACACAUGAUUAAUUCACAAAUACCGUAUUUGUGAAUUAAUUUGGUUCACGGAUUGUUUAUUAUUGUUUUUUUUAUAAAUAAACUUCGAGUUAAAUUAAAUCUACGAUCAAAUAUUUGUUAUUAUAUUUUUGACACGCGAGGUGUUUUUUAAUGAAUUGACUAUUGGUAUAAAGAUAUAACAAUUAAUAUUACAUUGGAAACUCACAACGUCUGUAAGAAUAUAUCUACGGCAUUUGUUUUGUUGAUAAUUUACUUAUUAUAUACUUACGUGCUCAUGUACUUAGUGAAGUGAACCAGCUUAUAAUUUGCAUCUCAUUUUAUAAAUAUUGUACAGACUCGUGUAGAAUAUAAAUGUUGGACAAUACAAUCUAUGUGAGAUGUAAAUAAUAUCGAGAAGUAAUUGAGAAAUUAAUCACCUUCUGAGUGAAAUUAAUUGUAGCCGGCGGAUCCAUUAAUAAAACUAGAAAUAUGAUUUAAAUUGAAAUAUACGCUUAAUUUACUGCUUAAAUUUUAAAUCUCGGCAAAUAUAGCUGCAUGUUUAUAUCAUAUUUAACAUAUCAAAUUUCUAAUGUGCAAUUUUAUAUAAUCCAAGCGUUUGAUUAAACCAGGAAUUGUUUUAUCCAUUUUAUUUAUCACAAUGUGUUCAUUUGUACCAAAUAUUUUAUGCAAACAAUAUUUCUGAAGUAACUUGUAUAUAUGAGCGAAUAAAAUUGUCUUAGAGUAGGUAAUUAAGGCAAUACCAAUUUAUAACUUAGAUUUUAAUACAAGUUUAAUAAAGUUGAAAGAAAUUUAUAGAUUUUAUAAUUAAACUCGAAUAAAUAAUUCUGGAUCGGAAAUCACUAUUUGUGUUUAACAAGUAAAACAUAUUCAGUAGUGUUUAGUUCAUUUUAUUUAGUUUAACAAGAAACAUAGACAGAUGAACAUUGUCUGAAUUAUUAGUUUAUCAGACGUGCAUUACCACAUGGGUUAAAUAAUGUAGGAACAGAAACACAAAUCCCAAAUGUCGUGUACAUUGAACAAUCAUAAUUUAACGUUUUUGGUUCUAGUAAAAACUUAAAGAAAUUGUUCCGUGUGUAUCUUUUCCGUGCCGUCUACCAUAUAAAUGCAAUGUACCAUUUUGUAAUAAAUAGUUUUUAAUAAAAUAUUCAUAUCAUAAACAUCGACCUGGAUAAUAAUGAAGGUACUUAAUGAAACACUUAAAAUAUCAUAAUAUACAAUAAAAAUAAUAGGUUAAUAAGCCAAUUUUAUAUAAUUUUUGUCUGUUUAUUCGUAGCAAAUUUUAUUGUAUCUUGUAAAUAUCUGAAGGUUAUUUUGUAUGAAAUGGAUGACUGACUCUUCACAUAUGAGAAUAAUGGAUCUAUAGCGAUAAUAUUCAUGUUAAUUUACGUGGUAAAAAUAAAUUAUUAAAUCUUCAGUCUAAGUAUAUUUACUACUAAAUGUUAGAAUAUUAUUUUAUAAUUUAAGUAUUAAAGAAAUUUCUUUUCAUAGAGUUGGCAUUGAAAAUUUUGACGCAGUCAGCUGCGUAAUUUCUGUCUUUGCGAGUGAACUGCGAGUAAUGACGUCGCGUACGCAUUCCCUCCCCAUCCAUCGCAGAGUGCCUGCCAAACUAUGACAACUGAAUUUACUAAACAGAGCCACUAAACAAUAAUUGGACACUUCUUGCACUACACACCUGCACUAAUCAAUGUCAAUUACUAAUCACUUGCCCUCGCACUAAUCAAAGUGAAUACAGGCCUUUAGCGAUGACAUUUUUUCUUCCAUUGAAGUAAAUGAAGUGUUAACUUCAAAAAUACUUUAACAGUUGAAAUGAUUGUUACUUGGUUGUAUGUAGAUUCUUUUUUUAUCAACUAACUAAAAACUAUCAAAAGACCUAAAUAAUAGUUCUGGUUUAUGACUAAAUAUGCAUUUCGCUUGAUAUAUAGAGUAUUAUCGCUAUAGUUCCGUUAUAGGCGAUGCACAAACUUAAUGUACUUUAAUUCCUAACUUUGCUUUAGCACAAGAUCUUUCAAUCAAAUCCUUAUUGGGAUUCCUUACUAGUGUACAAAUAGUUUCUUAAGUGAUAAUGUCUGUGUUAUACAAAUGUAUGUACAACGGUACAAUAAAUAUAUUUGUAAUAUUA